GUUUCAUGUUCCGAUUGCAUUGCAAUAAGUGCGGCCAGUUAAAGGCUUCUGAGCCUAAUCGUCCCUUUUAUAUAACGCGCUGCCAGCACAUUGCCUGCGGCGUUUGCCUUGCUGCUCAAAAGACCCUUUGUCCCAUCUGUCAACGGCCGUUUCAGGGCACUGAAAUCAAUGCUAGCCUCCCGAGUCCCGUGGCAAGCUAUUUUCAGGAUCCACAUCAUCUGCUGGAAUUAUGGAAAAGGAUUAGCAAAUUUCAACAUGAACAAGUAGCAUCGGACAAUUUACAUUUUUGGCAUCGCCAACAGAAAGCGAAAGACGUUAAACGGGAUCUCGAAGGCCUAACCAAAUUGUCAGCUACUCUUUCCAGUAAAAAUGAGAGGGAGAAACAAAAAAUUAAUAAAAUUCGCGAUUAUAUCAACCAUUAUGAAAGGGCUUUGGAGUCAGAUAGAGAUAUAUCGGGUGAGAUUUCAAACAGCUCCCACGGACUCGGAUCAAAUACAUCAUCGUCGCUUGCUACGGACAAUACAAUGUCAGAUGAACAUUUGCGUUCCCUAAUGAACAUGAGUUUGAGUUCGAGUGGAUCGGGAUCCGAUGGCCAACCAAAAACUAAACGUCGUCGCUCUGCCGCUGAUGUAAAUUCUGUAUCAUUUUUUCACUUGUAAAUUACAUAAUUACUUCACCAUUAAUUUCCCGAUAUGGGUGAAUUUAA